CACUGGCGCUCAGCAUCAUCAUCAUCAUCAUCACCAUCCCUGGCUGUCUGUGACCGCUGUUUGUCAUCAAAGACGCUGCCGACUGACUGACACUUUUAAGCGUCGAGCUCACGUAUUAAAGAUUAGGAUGAACAGUUGCUGAGAGAGGAGGAAAAGCCGGGGAGCAGCUGUUACAGUAGGGACAGAGAUUUAAACCUUAGCUAACGCCGUCUACGGUCACGUUACUCGGGGAGUUAAAGAUGGUCCAGUCCGGGGAUGUUUUUUUAGCCUUGCUUCUCGUUGGCUGCACAGUUUCACUGGAAGUUCAGAUCACACCAACACAUGGUGAGAUUAGUCUUGGUGAGUCCAAAUUCUUCAUGUGUGACGUUGUAGGUGUUGCCAAACACAUAGACUGGUUUGGUCCAAGUGGGGACAGAAUAGAGCCGAAUAGAGCAGAGCUGACGGUGACCCGCAACGAUGAGUCAUCUUCCACCCUCACAAUUUAUAAAGCGGGGACUGAAGAUGCUGGGACAUACAAGUGUGUCGCUACCAGUGGAGACCAGCAAGGCGAGGCAACUGUCAAAGUGAAAAUCUUUCAAAGAAUAACUUUCACAAAUGCACCCUCUCCUCAAGAGUUUAAUGAAGGAGACAAUGCCAACAUAAUUUGUGAUGUCAUCAGUUCGCCUCCACCCACUGUCUUCUGGAAAUAUAAAGGGGCCAAAAUACAGAUGGAAAAAGAUGUACGUUUUAAGGUACUCAACAAUAAUCACCUUCAAAUCCGUAGCAUAAAGAAGACCGAUGAAGGCUUGUACAUGUGUGAGGCUCGYCUCAUGGCCCGCGGCGAGAUUGAUCUACGUGCCAUCGAUGUUGUUGUGAAUGUGCUACCGACCAUCAGGAUAUGGCAGACAGAAGUAAAUUCCACUGCAGAUGUUGGUCAGCCUGCCAUGCUGACUUGUGCUGUUGAUGGCUAUCCUGAACCCAUGGUGACCUGGACAAGGAAUGGGGUCAAACUUGAGGAUGAAGAGAAGUACGGUUUUAAUGAUGAUGGUUCAGAACUGACGAUAAUGGAUGUUUCCAAACUGGACGAAGGAGAGUACACCUGCAUUGCCAAAAACAAGGCGGGAGAAAGUGAAAAAGAGCUCAGCCUGAGAGUGUUUGUAAAACCCAAGAUCACAUACAUUGUAAACCAGACCACUUCAGAGAUGGAGGAGCAGGUAACACUGACAUGCGAGGCAACAGGAGAUCCAACGCCUACCAUAAGCUGGAGCUACGGAGAGCACACCUUCACCGAGGGCGAGCAGGCACAUCUAAACAGGAUCUAUCAGGCGUCAUGGACUCGGCCUGAGCAACACAAGAGCCUGGAUGGAAAUGUUGUAGUGAGGAGUGAUGCUCGGGUGUCCUCCCUCACCGUGAAGUACGUCAAGUACACAGAUGCUGGUCAGUACCUCUGCACCGCGCGCAGUGCCAUUGGAGAAGACGAACAAUCRGUUUAUCUGGAGGUUCGAUAUACUCCUAAGAUCCAUGGGACAGUUGCAGUGUAUACCUGGGAAGGAAAUCCUGUCAAUAUCAGCUGUGAAGUCAAAGCUUUUCCCAGUGAUGUGUCUAUCAUUUGGCUGAGAGAUGGACUGCAGCUUCCCAACUCAAACAGCACCAACAUCAAGAUCUUCAGAACUCCCUUAUCCAGCUUCCUGCAGAUUACCCCUGAGUCUGAAAAUGAUUUUGGAAGCUAUAACUGCACCGCCUCAAACGAUAUGGGCACAGAGUCCAAGGAGUUCCUGCUCAUUCAGGCUGAGGUUCCAUCAGCUCCAUUCAUUGAUGAAGUGAGACCCUUUUCCACCACUGCACUCAUCCAGUUUGGGGAGCCAGAAUCCACCGGAGGCGUUCCUGUUCUGAAAUACAGAGCAGAGUGGAGGACUCAGGGAAGAGGAGGCUGGAUGAAGAGAGUCUACGAGAUUCCAGAUGGUUUGAACAAUGAGGUGACAAUAACAGGCUUGAAGCCAGACUCCAGCUACGAAGUAAAGUUAGCAGCCAUUAACGGGAAGGGUGAAGGAGAAAGCAGCCCUGCUGAGUUCUUCAAGACAGAGCCUGUUCGUUCAACUUACAAAACUGGUAUUUCUCAUGUUUCUGCUGAAGAAGGAAAUCCCAAUCCUCCUAAACUGGAAGGGUCACUGCAGCCUACAGGAAACUCCCUCAAAGUGAGCUGGAUUAAGCAGGAUGAUGGCGGCUCUCCCAUCUUACACUAUCUCAUUCGCUAUAAACCCAUGCAGGCAACAGAGUGGAAACCUGAGAUCCGGCUGCCCAGUGGCAGUGAGCAUGUGGUUCUCAGGGGGUUGGACUGGGACACAGAAUAUAACGUCUACGUGGUGGCAGAGAAUCAGAAAGGGAAGUCCCAGCCUGCAACCAUGUCCGUCAGAACAUCCWCAAAGCCAGAGGCCAUCCCAGCAGAUUUGGGUGAUGAAGGAGCGCUCUCCAUGGGCACCAUGCUCUGGGCAGGGAUCCUUGUUGUGGGAUUUGUACUCCUGCUGCUGGCUGUGGACGUCACUUGUUACUUUGUCAACAAAUGUGGCCUUAUCAUGUGCCUCUGUGGCAAAUCGGGCACGGGGACGAAAGGGCACCACUUGGAGGAGGGCAAAGCAGCUUUUGUGAAAGAUGAGUCCAAAGAGCCAAUCGUAGAAGUCAGAACAGAAGACGAGUGCACAGCCAAUCACAACGCAGCAGGACCGAUGGAACCAAAUGAAACCACACCUCUCACAAAGCCAGAGCUGGUGGCUUCUCUGGCACUGGACACCCCCUCCUCCGUAGCCACCAACUCUGACACAGCCACCGCAACAAACGAUCCUGCUCAGGAAAGCCCCUCUAGCGAGACCACUACCCUCACUUGCAGCCUGUCCACUCUGGCCAACGAGCCCUCACCCACCCCUCUCGCUGCUCCGGCCCCGACCCCAGAAUCCAACACGGCCCCCACAACUCCGGUCAUCUCCUCGACUGCUGUAGAGGCCAAAAUGGCCCCCUUACUCGAAGAAAGACGAAGUAACACCUCAGAGGAGCAGGAGAAAAUAACCAAUCCUCCUCGUAGCCCUGAACAGCCCAGACCUCAAAAAUCUGGAACACCAAUACCACCGAAGCGCAGACACUCUCCUAAGCUUGCUGCUCUGAAUGCUAAAAGUAGCCCCCCUGUCUCCCCCCUCGCUCUAUCUUCUGCAUCUUCCCCAACCACUCCGGACACCAAGAGACCUGCUCCGAGCCCCCCAGUCACUAAGCUCACCACACAGCCAAACCCUGCAGUCCUAAACACAGAGACACCGGCACAAACUGCUCCCACUCCAGCAAAUACCGCCCCCCCAAAACCAGACCCAGAUUAUAAAGCUGACGCUCCAGAUUCACGCAGCUUCACUGACUUCGACACAAACGGUCCUGCUGAGUCACCUGUAGAUAACGUUUCCACGACAAAACCUGCUGCGAGUUCAGAAACCACCAGUGCUGUUGAGCGUCUGGAUGUUGAAAACCCCUCUUCUUUAGUGGCAGAUGUUUCCCCACCUCUCCCCAUCACUCAGAUUUCCUCUGACCUCCUCACACCAGCGUCACACCUGUACGACCUAACAGCUCCAAGCGUAGAGCUCAAAAACACACAUUUAGAGUUAGAGCUGACAAACGGCACAGGAAGACCCUCCCGGCCCCCCUCAGACCUGAUUAGCUUAGAGAGCCCGCCCGCUGACCCUUCCUGGCCCAGUGGAGACGAAGCAGACCUCCCCCCCUCAGGCCCACUUGUGGAGGCUUCAGAGACUCUGGUCAAGACUGCGCCUCCUGUCAACGAUGAGAAGUUUUUUGCUGAUGAGAAAGGCAAACUGGAGGAGGGAGACUUACCAAAUACCCUGAUCACUACAGCACACAACAGUGUCAUACAGACAAAUACCACAGAGAGCAAAGUAUGAUGGGACCGGGCCAACGCAAGCCCGAUCUAAAGCAUUUCCCAGCACCAACCAGAGUAAAACACUGCACAGCUUCUUAUUUGUAGUGCUCUUAAACAACACUUUGAAAACAACACUGUUGUGUUUAUUGGUUAGAGUGCACUUUGACUCUGCUCCUCGUUUCCAUUCAUGAAAUGUUUAUCACACCCAAGGAACUUAUUUUUAAGUCAUAAGAGAUUUAUUUAAUUUUUUUAACUCGUUUUAUUUAACCGAUCAGGUACAGUUUCUGCUUAUAAGUAUCGCCUGAUAAAUCUUUAAAUCUCGACUCGUGCGCAGUUUGAGUUGCAUUUGCGCACAAGUACUGGAUUAUUAUGAGAAAUAUAAAUGUAAGAAAAAGGACUAUAUAUAAAUAUAUAAAUUAUUUUUCUUAUUUUAAUGUUGUACUGUGUGGGUUUGAAACUGUUGGCAUUAUUUUUGUUUAAGUUGGACAUUUUUGUGAGCUAGUCUCUAAAUAGCUUGUUCUGCAUGUCUGACCUGCAAGUGGUUGUAAAGUUUUUACGAAGUUUGUUUCAAAGAUUUGUUUUGUCCGUCGUGGAGAUUUUUUAAUCUCUGAUAUAUGCUGGCAUUGACAAAAGAGAAGCCCAAAUUCAGUGUCUAACUGUAAAGGAAGACAAAAGCCAGACUAUUCCACAGCAGGUGAAGGAAAAGACCAGGAAAUCCCUGCCGUACACAGAGAGAGUUCAGGAUAAGAUUUGGAUCAUUUUAAAGAUAAAAUUUAUUCAAUCUGUCACUGCCUUAUCUUAGAGCUGUUAAAACAAUUUGCUAAUAAAACUUGUCGAGCAGGUUUGAUCACAGAAAGACUACAAACUGCCAGCAGAACAGCAGAUUCUCAGCCAAGGGUCGAAGACCUCUGGAGUAACUGAAUGUUGUGCGAUAGAGAUAAAUUUACGCCUCGUGUGUUUUGGAGGUAAAAAACCACGACAGCCAGAGUUUGUCCUCAAUUUAAAUCAAAUCUCUGGUUCCGUAGUUUGGGUUGUAAUUUGAAGGGAAACGUCUGGAGAGCAUUUUGUACUAUUUAAAACUGACAAGGAUUUAUUUUCCAUUCCUGCCUGCAAAGCUUGUGCACCGUACCUGUGUGUCAGUAGAUCGUCUCGUCAUCAGUUUCUAUGAUAACCUGAAGAGCUUCGUCGUGAGGAAGCCUAUUUUUUAUUUGAUGUAUUAUUAGAAACAACAGUAUGAUAAGUGGACCGAUGUGGUCAUUAUAACACGUGUAGUGUAUAAAAACUGUCCGUCUCUGAUCACAGCACUAAAUAUUGCCAGCUGUAGUGAAGGAAGGUGUUUUUGGGCCUUGGCAUGAAUUCAGUCAGUAUAACUACAAGGCACGUAGAUGUGCCCGUGUUUGUAAGGGAGAAAACUGUUCUCAUAUUGAUUUCUGUGUGUUCCCUGCGGGGCUCGUUCUGGAAUAAUUACACACACUUUUCAUUUCUCUCCCCUUGUUGUUAUUCAAGUGUUCUGUAACGUGGUUUUUUUUGGAUUUCUUUUUGAGUUUUUCGUCUUUUUUGUAUAACAAGUCACUCACCAAGAGCAACUGCCUGACAGGUUCAGGGAAACUGAUGGCAGGAAACAAAGUGACCCACCUGCAAUAGAAGAACAAUUACUUUUUGUAAAGCUUUAGACAAUAGGUGUAAUGUUAAAGAGCUAAGAAGUGUAAAAGAACAAAACAUUUCACUCCUUGUACUCCCGUUCCCAGAACAUUUUACUCCUCCGUCUCUGGAUGCUCCUUUUGGUUUUAUUGGGUCGAACUCAGAAAAUAUUUGUUGUGUAUAGUCUGAGUGAUAACCCAUUUACAAAAUAAAAAUGGUUUUGAAUCUAA